GUCGGUGCCCGUGACGUCAUCAGUGGCCAUGUUUUGAGACAGGGAAGAAGAAGUUCUCGUGAUAAUAAUGACAGUCUAGAUCGGGGCAAUGGGAGCCACUUUAUCUUCCAGAAGAAACACAGGGGUGGAAUCCGUGGACAUAGCAGCUAGCAAUGCCUACAGAUAUCCACCUAAAACUGGUCAGUAUUUUGGGACUCACUUCAUUAUGGGGGGAGAACGGUUUGAUUCUCCUCAGCCUGGUGAAUACCUCUUCGGGGAAAAUGAAGAUCUCAACUUCCUUGGCAACAAGCCCGUGCCAUUUCCCUACCCUGUACCCAGUGGAAACGAACCCACUAAAACACUGAAAAGCCUGGUCUACAUCCGGAAGGACACCCUUCGACUGAUAAGAUCUCCGGUGUUUGAGAAGGUUCCCCUGGAGCAGGAGAAGGCUUCCACACAGUACACCCUGGAGUUCACCUUUGACUCGGACUGCCGCUGCGCCAUUACCGUCUUCUACCUGGCAACAGAGGAGAUCAGUGGGGGACACAUUUCGUACCACCCAAAGGAUCCAGCACUCAGCUCACAGACAUACCAUUACAAGAAGGGUGCAGGGCAAAUCUUCAGUCAGGCCGAUCACAUCAUCGACCCCAGCAAGUUCAGUGAUGAGGAGUGGGUGUUUGGUGUGGACAAAGAUGCCAUCCCGGUGGUUAUCCAGUGUACAGUAGAGGAGGAAGAGCACAUGGGGCACUCCCACAUUACUUAUGCCAUGCUGGAGAAGGGAGGAGAGGGAGGAUACAACAUCAAGCCUCUCAAGCAGAAACAAUUUGUUGAUGGACUUUCCUACCUACUUCAGGAAAUUUACGGCAUUGAGAACAAGAAUAUGGAGAGGUCCAAACUGGAUCCUGAAGAUGACUUGGAAGACAGUGGGGCAGAAUGUGUCAUCUGUAUGUCCGACAUGCGAGACACGUUAAUCCUGCCAUGCCGACAUUUGUGUCUGUGCAGCGCAUGUGCUGAGUCCCUGCGCUAUCAGGCCAGCAUGUGUCCCAUCUGUCGAGUGAAGUUUCGGGCCCUGCUGCAGGUACGGGCCAUGAGGAAGAAGGCCCCGGUACUUCAUCACCAGGGAGAGCCUGACGAGAACCCUGUGAGUCAGGAAGGUGUUCCCCCUGGCUACGAGGCAGUCACCUUGAUAGAAGCCUUGAAUGGCCAAUGUGCUCCCCUGCCAGGAGAAGGAGGCCCCCCUCUCCACAUGGUGCCCCCAGUGAACACAGUUUAUACCAUGGACAGCUCCAAGAAGAUUCAGAAGGGGUCACAAAUCACAGAAAUGACCCCAAUUGAGUAUCAGAAAGAGAUGGACCCUGACAAGGAGGUAGGGGACAUCAAUGAGAAGCAGCCUCCGGCCAAAAAGGAGGAGGAGGAGGAAGAGGGUCAGAAGGGGAGGGUCACUCCAGAGGUUGUUAUGUCUGACAACAACCUGGAGACAGACAAGAAGAGAGGAUCUCCCAAGAAACCCCCACUACCUGAUGUUAGAUACUACCCCUCCAACAAGAGAUUGGACAACCAGGUGAAGGAGCCAGCCUAUCCACGGGAGAUGGUCGCAGGUGACAAACAGGCCAGAAAGUCACCACCAUCAUACGAGGAGUGUAGGUUGGAGAGUGAGAAGAAGGUGCAGACGGCAGCCCUGUACAAGCUGUCCACCCUGGAGUGUGAGGGUGGAAAGCUGGCCAGUGGAAUCUCCACUGGCCAUAUUGCGGAUGAUGAACAGGAGGACACUUCUGAAGGCGAGCCCGAGCCUGACUAUGAGGAGGAGGAGCUGGAGGAAGAUGAGGAGGAUGAGGAAGAUGAGGAUGAUGAUGAGGAUACCACGACGGGGGAGUGUAUGACAGAAAGUGAGGAGAGUGAGAUCAGGGGGGUGAGCCUGUUCCACCCAGCUGGGUCCCUGGAGGAGUCCGAAUACCAAGCCAUGCAGCCCGUCGACCAGCUGGCCACACAUGGGGGAGGGGGAGGCAGCAGUGGCACUGAAGGCUCCAGCUAUGGCAGCAACAGCAGCUCCCAGGCCCUUCUGACUAAUGUGGGCGCAACUGAGGAGGACAAAACCUCUGUGUAGAGGACUCACAACAGGAUCUGCAACAAUGCACCCAAAAACUUAGCCCUGUCCUACUGUACUCAUUAUAUUUACUCAGCAAUUAUGUUAAGGUUUAAAAAGCAUGAACAGGGAAACGGACAUCAAUUCUGUAUUAAUAUCUAUCUGUAUAAAACUACAUGUUAAAAUUGAUACAAAUAAUAAGUAAAAUGUCUUCUUCUUUUUUUAACUCAAAUUUUCUUUCAAAGACUACAUAUUGUUUAUUAAAAUGAACAUUCUAGACUAUUAUCAUAUUAUUGCAUUAGAUUAUUUCUGUUUCCAAUAUUAAUUGCUAAAUGUGAUUAAAAUGAAUUCCCCUCACCAGCAAUGUUUCCUGCCAAAAUAUUUGUGAACAAAUAAUGAUAAAUGUUAAUCUUAUUGUAAAUAGUGAUGUACAACAAUUAUAUUAAUUUCUGUCUCUGAUUGAAAUAUCACAAGAUUCUCCUUGUAUGUCAGAAUCUUGUCGUUUUGUGCAACAUAACCAGAGGCCUGAGGGCAGUGGUGUAGUUAGACAUUGUCUCCAGCAGCAGUUGCCAGGGCAAUGCGAUCUUCAAUGUAUAUUCAAAUAUGUCCAAGCUACAAAAUUAGCAACGAUUGUUUCUGAUUUAUUAUCUUAUUUGCAGAUAAGAUGUGGGCAGCUUGUGAGUAAGGGGGGUUUUACAUUGCUAGGGGGUUGGGAGGGAGGUUAGAAUUUCAUUUUGUGUCUAUAAGCAGAAGGUAUGCUUUCAAUACAGAUGUUUUUUCAUUUUGCACAGGAACCAAGAAUUGUGUUUCUUAAGGUUUUCUUCCAACCUUUUUAGUCCAUGACAAUGCUACAUUCUGCAAUGUGCCUCACUUCUGGAGUGAUUGUUGUUCAUUCCUCAUUACAUAUUGCCAGAGCAUUGUGGUUGCAAGGUUGCAAGCUGGCCACUCAAAUAGUAUCCUGUGUUGUAUAUCCAAGCAGAAGCUGUAUAUACUUAAGGUUGUAGGAGCCAUACCAAACAGUGAUGUUUCAGUGAUGAUAUGUAAAUGUACUUGGUGCUGUAGUUGAUGUGAACACCGCAAACAUGAAUUGCUGUACAACUCACACUCUAUGUAGCUGAGAAAUUGCUGAGGCAGCUCUAAUUGACUAUAAUUUACUCCCUCAAACAUGUUUGUUGGAGAGAAAUAUACCAUGUGUAAUACAUGAAUCACAUUCAGUUGAGGGUUGUCCCAUACCAAUGUCACUUAUUGAUGUACCAGUGUUCUUUGUGUUCAUGAAAACUUGUAAAAAGUGUUCCUCUAAAAUGUCCUGCAUAGAAUCUGUCCUCAGAUCACAUUUGAUUUUUUUUUAAAGUGCUGAUGAAAUGAGUUUUUACUGUUUUAGUUUUUAUAUCAUCAAACAUUAUUGAAACCCAAGGUCAGGUCUUAAUGAAUACUCAAGUUAAAUGUCCAACAUUAGCCAUGAUAUGAGGGUUGAUUGAUAAAUUGAGAUACUCAAAACAUAGACAUAAUGUAAUUUUCAAGAUAAUCAUUUCACAUCACCACCACCAAUUAGCAAAGACUGGCCCAGGACAAUUUGCCAGUGCACUAAUCAGUGUGGCUUUGAACUCCUUCAGCUCCCACUUCAUCCUCCUUAACUGGCUCUGUCAGACUUCCAUGAAGAAAGCUCUAGCUGAAACCCAUUUCGACUCCAACGAUGACGUCAUUGCGGCUGCGAAGAACUUUUUGGGACAGCAAAGAUAAGGACUUUAACGGGGAUAUGAUCCCUCCAACACCGUUAGCAAAAGUGUGUCAAUGUGGAAGGGGAUUCCACUGUUUUGAUUGUUGUUUGGAAGUGUUGAAAACAUCUUUUAUCAAUAAGUCAAAAAUGAUUGCAAGAACCUGUCUGGAUCAGCAUGAAACAGGUCUAGAUUAUCACAUGUUGUGCCUGGUGCAUUUUUGUUAGAUGUCAGAAGUGCUGGAACCCAAUGACCUGAUUUUGAAAGUUUCUGUGAUAAAAGAAUGUACUCCCUCUUGAGAAAUGCUUGUCUCCUGUCAUUCGUUAGUCACCAUAUUAUGGAUUCUUUGGAUCAUGUCUGGUGUUGCUGACGUCACAGGCCUUUCAGGAUGUGUAUCGUUCUCAACGGUCUCCCUGCAAUGCUUGAACUGUGCUGCCCACCUCUUUACAGUGGCAUAGGAAGAGGCAUCCUUCCCUUGUGUAUUACUCACAUCUUUGUUGAUGCCUUCUCGUGUCAAGACCCUUUUCUUCAAGAACUUACUCAAGUUUGUCCACAGAUCCCUGCUUAUUUAAUUGACUUGUCACAGCAUUUGUUUGUUUAUUUGUUACAGCAAUAUGGCGGUGGUCUGGAUAUAAUUAAGUCUGGACCAGACAAUCCAGUGAUUGACAUAAUGAGCAUCGAUCCACACAAUUGGGAUACAAUGACAUGCAUCAACCAAGUCAGGGAGCCUGACCACCUGAUCCUGUAAGUUGCUUUUUACGACAAGCAUGGGUUGCUGAAGACACUUGUCACAGCGCAACAAUUCGGUGUGACUCAAGUUUAUGUGGAUAUGCCUCUAUGACAUCAUCUACUGUCCACCACACACAAUUUCACUAUUAUGCAAUUUCUUCUGAAGGAGGUUCAGAACUUAUCAAUCAACCCUGUGGGGGGGCGGUCAGGUAGCCUAGUGGUUAAAGCGCUUGUCACGCCGAAGACCCGGGUUCAAUUCCCGACAUGGGUACAAUGUGUGAAGCCCAUUUCUGGUGUCCCCCACUGUGAUAUUGCUGGAAUAUUGCUACAAACGGCGUAAAGUCAUACUCACUUACUCAACCCUUUGGUUUUUGCUCGGUUGCUAAUUAACUGAUAAAUAUGUUUAAAUAUUAUCUGAAACAAAUGCCCAUGGUUUAAGAAAAAGCUGUUUCAUUGUGUAGGAACAUAAAUGUGUCUUCUUUUCCGAUAUGGGGAAAUAGAGUUCUUAAAUGACGUGUGACACUUUCAUCUUUCAGUUUGCCCUCUUUGGACAUAGCACAGUGACAUAACCCCUUCAGGCAAGGGUUGAUGUCUAUCAUGUGCAUAGUUUUAUGAAACACAAUGUAUUGUCACAUCCAAUAUUUUGUACUUUAGUCACAUAUGGUUGCCUUUUCUGGGUACCGACAUUAAUCAGAAUCUCCCAUGUCUAUCAAUCAACUUGUAAAUGUGUACAUAUUAAUGCAUGUGACAUGCAGCGUCACUGAAUGUGUAAUUAUGAAAAUUGCAUUAUGACAUAGCAAGAUGAAUGUUAAAUGAUGAGCAUUAGUGCAUGUAUGUGAUAUUGUGAAAUGGUGAUCUGUACCAUUUAAAGGUAACAAGCACAAAUAAAUGAUUAAGGAGAA